AUGAACCAUAUGUUCAGCGAUUUGAGCACCAAAUACGACAAUGCCACGAGUCAUAUGAGUCAUAUGAGGCAGAAAGAGUCGGAACAACCACCAGCCGAUGCCCCGGCAGCUGAGAAGGAGAGGGAACCAACAGUUGGAACCAAUUCGUCAGGACCAGAACAACCAGCUGAGGUUGUUUGCCCGAUUCCAGAGCUUGUUCCUGCUCGCAAAUACACUUCUAAAGUCCCUUACCCGGUUCCAGCAAAGGCUACUCGUAAGGACCAAGAGGAGAUGAAGUGCAGAAAGAUGUUGGAGGACCUAACCGUCCGACUCCCUUUGAUGGAUGCGAUCCAGAUGAUGCCCUCCAUGCGCAGCUUUAUGAAGGGAUUGAUCUCAGGAAAAAUAUCAGAGGAGAGCGAAUUCAUGACUGUCUCUGAGGAGUGCAACGCAGUGCUUCAGAACAGCGUAAACCUCAUGCCCUACUUUGUAGCACGACGUCUGGGAUACACACAUUUUAAACCAACUAGGAUGUCCUUGGUGUUUGCGGUUAGAUCAGUCAAGUCCCCGGUUGGUAUUCUAGAGGAUCUCCAAGUAAAAGUCGGAAACACCUUUGUUCCAGCAGACUUCGUAGUUCUAGAGCUAGAAGAGGAAUCCAAAGAUCCUCUUAUUUUAGGAAGACCGUUCCCAUGUACUGUUGGAGCCAUCAUUGAUGUGCGGUAA